AUGCCAAUCGGGAAAAUUCAUAUCUUUGAUCUCGACGGUGGUGAAAACUGGCCAGCAUAUGUGCGUUUAGUGGAACAGUUUAUUUUACUAAACGAUAUAAAAGAUAACCUACGCGUGGCCACGUUGGUGACACACGUUGGAGCGUCGACCUACCGGUUAAUUUGCGAUCUGUGUGCUCCAGACAAUCCGGAAGAUAAAACAUUUAGCACCUUAGUGGAGCUUGUAAAAAAUCACCUGGAACCCAAAAGAUCCGAAAUAGCCGAACGACACGUGUUCCGUCAGCGGCGGCAGGAGGAAGGUGAAAGUAUUAAGGUGUUUUUACAAAACUUGAAACACUUGGCUACCCAUUGUAAUUUCGAAAACCAGUUGGAAGUGAACCUGCGAGAUCAAUUCGUGUCGGGUCUCCGUAGUGAAGAGAUACGAUCUCGACUAUUUACGGAGACCACUCUCGACUACAAGAAGGCGGUUGGGCUGGCGCUGGCGCUGCAGGCGGCUGAGCAGCACGCGGCUAAAGCCGUGGCACCGGCCGCGCUGUGGGCAGCAGCCAGCCCGGCGGGACUCCAGGCAGACGCGGGCGAGCGCGUGCACCGGGUGAGCGUGGCCAACCAGGCCAGCGCCGCCGGAUGA